GUCUCCACUAAGAACGAACAAAAGUCGUGUGCGUGGGUGUGUGUGCCUUCGGACAAAGGAGGCCUUUGUUCCACCCGCGGCAGCUCGGUGAUGUCGUCACCGACUGACACGGCGCAGAAGCGGGCCGGGUUCGCGCCUGCGCCCGACUCGCAGACAUUCCGGGAUCUGCUCAUCUUUGAGGAGCGGCUCAAGCAGAAUGCAGCGCGGCUGCUGCGCCGCAAGAAAAAGUACCAGGCCUUUCUCUGCCUCGUCGUCGUCGCCAUUGCCUUUUUCGGCUACCAGGUCCUGUACCACGGGCACAGCAGUCCGCAUCACCACGAGCAAGGGCACGAGGCGGCGGCGGCGGCGACGCUGCUGCGCUAUGUCAACGUCAGCAUCCUCCUCGUCCUCGCCACCAUGCUCAGCCUGUUUUUCGCCAGCGGCAUGUAUGCCGAGCGCAUCACGGCCGCCGCCGCUGCUCCUCUCGCCGCCCAUUGCUGAGCGCGCGGCCGACAGCGGCGAGCAGGGACCGACAAGGGAGCACGAGCAGGGCAACGACGGGCACGAGUGGGUGCGCGUCACACGGCGGCCAUCAGCCGACCGGCGCAACCGGCGGCGGGGCGAGAACGCGAGUGCAUGACAUGGUACAGCAUUCAUUGCCAUCAAUAUACGCAAGAAUAAGAAUCAUGAAAAAGCCAUCUAUGCGUGUGUGCUCCUGCUACUAGGAGUUGUGCCAGAAGAGUGUCCGGAGGCUGUUUCAU